AUGCCUCCAGAAGCUGACUCCAAGCAAGACAAAGAAACUAAAACUGCGCAAGCUCGCCAAGUCAUUGAUGUAUUCCACGAAAUCUCCACUCUACUGAACGCGGAUCUCGACCGACAGACUCUGUCGAUUUGCAUAUCAUUGAUUGAGAAUGGUGUCAACCCAGAAGCCCUGGCAUCCGUGGUCAAGGAGUUGAGGAAGGAGGGGGAGGAAGUCAGAGGGCAAGCGUUACAGGGAGGCUCUCAGCGAUGA